GGGAGCCUGGCCAUGACGGCCACGUGGCGCUGAAUGACUCCCCUGCCCGGCCUCACAGCACAUGGCUGGCGGUGCACACAGCCAGCAGGGGCGGGGCUGGGGAGGGUGAGGGCGGGGCUUCUACCCCGGAGGGUGGAGCUUAGCCCUUCCCCCACCUUUAAAAGGCAGGGUCUUGGCACCCGGCGAGACAGCUGACGAUCUCCCCAGAGGUGACGCCUGAUUGCUUCCCUGCACUGACACCACCGGACUCCAGCAGCCAUGCAGGGGGCUCUGUUUCUGUGCCUGCUGCUCCCCGUCCUGGCGCCCGCCUGCCACGCCAGGCCGAACGCCCGCCCACCAGGCAGCCCCGCGGUGAUGCCACAGAGAAGCAGCAGGACCCCUGGCCUGGUCCGCAGGGACUUGCUGGGGGCCCUGUCUCAGGACCAGAAGCAUCUCAUGGCCAAAUUCCUGCCCCACAUCUAUGCAGAGCUGGCAAACCCGGAGGGCUACUGGCGUGAGGACGACGCCGUGCGCCCCCUGCACGACCGCGAUUACCCCGGCUGGAUGGACUUCGGGCGCAGGAGCCUGGCAGACUCAGACGAGGCCUUGUAGAGCGGCUCCG